CGCUCUGCUGGCAGGCGCUUUCUGCUUUGCGGAAGCUGGUGGGCGCCGUGCCCAUCCUUGCCGGUCUCCCAGGCAGCCGGCCACCGCCCCACCCCCCUCCUCCACACCAUGGAGCCCGAGCUGGCGACUCAGAAGCAGCCGCGACCGCGUAGGCGAAGCCGUCGCUCUUCUGGGCUUAGCGCGGAUGGCGCCGCGGGGCCUUCGGCGGAUGCCCCCGGGAAAGGGCCUGAGGAAAAAUAUCCCCUUCGGAGAGGUAGCUCCUUCACAUUUUUAACACCUGGCCCCCAUUGGGAUUUUACUUUGAAAAGAAAACGGAGAGAUAAAGAUGAUGAUGUUGUCAGCCUUAGCAGCCUGGAUCUGAAGGAGCCAAGCAAUAAAAGAGUUCGACCUCUAGCUCGAGUCACAUCCUUGGCAAAUUUAAUCUCUCCUGUAAGAAAUGGAGCAGUCAGACGUUUUGGUCAAACAAUACAGUCAUUUACCCUUCGUGGUGACCACAGAUCCCCAGCCUCUGCCCAAAAGUCAUCUAGCAGGUCGACAGUCCCAACACCUGCCAAAAGAAGAAGCAGUGUACUGUGGUCAGAGAUGUUUGACAUCAGUAUGAAGGAGUCUUUAACCACCAGAGAAAUCAAACGUCAGGAGGCGAUAUAUGAAAUGUCCCGAGGUGAACAGGAUUUAAUUGAGGAUCUCAAGCUUGCAAGAAAGGCAUACCAUGACCCCAUGUUAAAGUUGUCCAUCAUGUCAGAAGAGGAACUCACACACAUAUUUGGUGAUUUGGAUGCUUACAUACCUCUCCAUGAAGAUUUGUUGGCGAGAAUAGGAGAAGCAACCAAGCCUGAUGGAACAGUAGAGCAGAUUGGUCACAUUCUUGUGAAGUGGUUACCAGGCUUGAAUGCCUACAAAGGAUACUGUAGUAACCAGCUGGCAGCCAAAGCGCUUCUUGAUCAAAAGAAGCAGGAUCCAAGAGUCCAAGAUUUCCUCCAGCGGUGUCUUGAGUCUCCUUUCAGUCGAAAACUUGAUCUUUGGAGCUUCCUCGAUAUCCCUCGAAGUCGCUUAGUCAAAUACCCUUUACUGUUAAAAGAAAUUCUUAGGCACACUCCGAAAGACCACCCUGAUGUUCAGCUUCUGGAGGAAGCUGUGUUGAUAAUACAAGGAGUUCUGUCUGAUAUCAACUUGAAGAAAGGCGAAUCUGAGUGUCAGUAUUACAUUGACAAGCUGGAGUAUCUGGAUGAAAAGCAGAAGGAUCCUAGAAUUGAAGCAAGCAAAGUAUUGUUGUGCCAUGGGGAACUGAAGAAUAAAAAUGGACACAAACUGUACGUUUUCCUGUUUCAAGACAUUUUGGUUUUGACUCGGCCUGUUACACGAAAUGAGCGCCACUCUUACCAGGUGUACCGGCAGCCAAUCCCAGUCCAGGAGCUGGUCCUAGAAGACCUGCAGGAUGGGGAUGUACGCAUGGGAGGGUCCUUUCGAGGAGCUUUUGGCAACUCAGAUAAAGCUAAAAAUAUCUUUAGAGUUCGCUUCCAAGACCCUUCUCCAGGCCAGUCUCACACUCUACAAGCCAAUGAUGUGUUUCAUAAGCAGCAGUGGUUCAAUUGUAUUCGAAGCGCCAUUGCCCCCUUCCAGCAGGCCACAAGUCCACCAGAGCUUCAGGGUUUGCCAGAGCUUCACGAAGAGUGUGAAGAGAACAACCCCUGUACUGGGAACCUCCAAGCUCAGAGAAGGGCAUCUACAGCUUCCAGUGUUAUUCAGGUAGAAGUUGAUGAAAACACUGCAGAAUGUGGUUCUACUGUACAGACAGCAGAAGACACCAAGAGUGUAAAGGCACACCGAACACAGUCUGGCUUCCGAAGAGCAAGAGACAAAGCCCAGUUAAGUGGCAAGCGGAAAGAGACUUUGGUAUAAAGGAAGCUGUGUGUAUUAACUGGUGGACAGACUGUUUAUUUAUAAAUGUGUACAGUUUCAUUUUUCUCGUAAUGUGAGCAUGGAAGCAUUGUAGGGUUACUCCAUACCAUACCAGUUGUAACAUUUUCUUUGUUUUGGGUUCUUUUUUUUUUUUUUUAAUGGCAGCUAAAGAUACAUGGAUUACUGUUAAAUGACAGUUUUUUUUUUUUUUUUUUUAAGAUAUUUUCUUGGAUUAUUUAGAACAUACAAGCUUUACAAGCUUGGUAUUUUUAAUCAGAUGAAAUACUCGUGAAAUGGGUUUUCUCCCAGUUCUGGAUUUCUCAUGACUUUCCAGUACCAAUCAAUUGUGACAUUCACAAUAUUCUCAAAAACAGAACUUUACAAGUACUGGAAUUCUACCAGUGUUUCUUUUAUAAACUUUGUAUACAAAAUUUGAAAUUUUAAUAUUGGCAUCUAAAAUCUGUAUGGAAUAUAUGUUUGGAAGAUUUUAAAAUUGAUAUUGAAACAUACUUUCUUCAGAAAACAAACCAUAAAACUUGAUAGGUUUUCCAUUUUCUCAAACUGGAAUGCAUUAUAAAUUUGUUUUUCACUGCACAUUCCUCAUUUUUCAUUCAUUUAACCUGCCAAUUAUUUAAUUUUUUUAAUGUAAAGUAGUUUUUAGUAUUUGCUUUUAUUUUUUUACUUUGAUGCCUUUUCAAAUUGGCAUGUCUUUAAAGUGUUUUUCUUCCUGAUUAAAAUGUAUGUUUAUGUGUGUGUGUGUAUAUAUAUAUAUAUAUUUUAAUCAUAUUAAUUUUACCAAGUGAAACCAAGCCAUACUGUUUUUGAGCCAAUAAGAAAAUUGCAAUUUUUACAGUGUAGCAUUUCAUAGUGGUGAAGACACAUGAAAUGACAGUAUAUUCUAGACUACUGAAAGAAAACCACUUAAGGAUUUUGUUGAAAGUGUUAGUGUUGUCUGAAAAGCAAGAGGGAAGGCAGUCUGGUAUAAGUUAAAAAUUAAAAAGAGGGGGAAAGAGAGUAGAUUUGUCUUAAAGUAAAAAUGUCUGGUUGUGCCAGAGUAUGAAAGGAGAUAGGAAAAGUUCAACUUGAGGGAAUAGAGUAAGUUGUAGAAGGCUUGAGGGGAUGUGGACUUUAUUUGCCUUGGUUUAUAAUACCUGCAAAUAAUGAGUUUGAAAAGAAACAAUGAAAUGUCCUGAAAAUUUGACCACAUUAGAUCAGUUUCAGUGGAUUUAUACAUAAGAUGGAGAAAAUAUUUGUGAAUCUUUUACUGCAAAAUGUUUCUGUUAAAAUGAAAUCAUGGCCUUUAAUACAGGUUGGGAGGACUUUUAAGCCCUAUGUCAUACAGGUUUAUAAUUGGAAUCAGUUCAAGUCAUGUUGACUAUCAUGUGAAAUAUAUUUGGCCAGUGGAAAUGCAAAAUCGAAAAAGACUGUAAAUAGAUCAAUCCAAAUGAUUUCUCUGUAUAAAUGAAUUAUACAAUUAAAAAAAAACACACACAUAAUCACCCUAAA